AUGUCCGAGUACAGUCGGACAUAUGAAGGAUACAGACGCAGCAUAUCAGAGCACAGUCGGACAUAUGAAGGUUACAGACGCAGCAUGUCCGAGUACAGUCGGAGAUAUGAAGGUUACAGACGCAGCAUGUCCGAGUACAGUCGGAGAUAUGAAGGUUACAGACGCAGCAUAUCAGAGUACAGUCGGACAUAUGAAGGAUACAGACGCAGCAUGUCAGAGUACAGUCGGACACAUGAAGGUCACAGAUGCAGCAUGUCUGAGUACAGUCGGACAUAUGAAGGAUACAGACACAGAAUGUCCGAGUACAGUCGGACAUAUGAAAGUUACAGGCGCAGCAUGUCAGAGUACAGUCGGACAUAUGAAGGAUACAGACGCAGCAUGUCCGGGUACAGUCGGACAUAUGAAGGUCAUAGACGCAGCAUGUCAGAGUACAGUCGGACAUAUGAAGGAUACAGACGCAGCAUGUCAGAGUACAGUCGGACAUAUGAAGGUCACAGACGCAGCAUGUCAGAGUACAGUCGGACAUAUGAAGGAUACAGACGCAGCAUGUCAGAGUACAGUCGGACAUAUGAAGGAUACAGACGCAGCAUGUCAGAGUACAGUCGGACACAUGAAGGUUAA